AUGUCUGCCAUCACAUCUGAUGAAGAUCUCGAUAGAUAUUUCUCUCAAUCAGAAAAACAUUUAGAGAUAGAACGUGUUCUAUCCUGUUUCAAACUAGAUCCCUUUGCUAUUUUCGAGCUCCCAUACACAAAACCUGAACCAAAAACGAUUAAAGCCAUUUACCGUAGAAAGAGUUUAAUGAUUCAUCCAGAUAAAGUACAACAUGAGAAAGCAGAGGAAGCAUUUUCAUUAUUAAAGAAGGCUGAAUCUGAAUUAAAUGAUGAGGAACGACUCAAGUUUUUAUUGACUGUGAUUGAAGAGGCUCGUGUUGAAGUGUUACGUGAAAAUGGAUAUAAAGUCAAGACAGGUGUGGUAGUAAAGCCGCCUACGAUCAUAUCAUCAACAGAAGAAGGAGAUAAGCCUCGUUUAAAAGCAACACUGGAAUCGGUUACUGUCGUGGAUGAACAGCAAUACCCCUUUUUACAGACAUCGGAAGGUCAAAAGCAAAUUAAAGAGAAAAUAAAACAGAUCUUGAUUGAAAUGGAAUUACGUAAGCGUCGUCAGUUAAAAAAGGAAAUGGAAGCUGAAGGAGCUGAGAAGAGAAAGGCAGAGGAAGCACAAAAGGAAAAGAAAAGAAAAGCUGAAGAUGCAAAAGAAUGGGAAGAUUCAAGAGAUCGACGUGUAAAUAGCUGGCGUGAUUUUCAAAAGAAAGGUGGCAAAAAAGUCAAAAAGAUAAGAAAAUCAGGCUUAUAA